GACUAAAGCCUGGCUGGCAUUACACUCGCAUGCAACUCCUGUUCGGCACGCUUCCAACUCCAUCACUCUGUCAUUUCCCAGGGAAGGAUCCACAGCCAAAGACUAACAAAAGGAAGAAGAAAGCAGAGAACAGCAGCAUGUCUCUCGAGGUGAAGGAGAAGACAGAGGUGCGCUUAGUGUUUCUGGGAGCAGGAGGAGUGGGGAAGACAGCUCUCAUCCAGCGUUUCCUCAAAGACACCUUUGAGCCAAAGCACCGGCGCACGGUGGAGGAGCUCCACAGGAAGGAGUACGAGGUGGGAGGUGUAAAAGUCACCAUCAACAUCAUGGACACCAGUGGCAGCUACUCCUUCCCCGCCAUGAGGAAGCUCUCCAUCCAGAACAGUGAUGCCUUUGCCCUGGUCUACGCUGUGGAUGACCCCGGCUCCCUGGAGGCGGUCAGGAGUCUGCGAGAGGAAAUCCUGGAGGUCAAAGAGGACAAGUACACCCCGAUCGUGGUGAUCGGGAACAAGAUCGACCGCCAGGACGAGCGGCAGGUGUCCAGCGAAGACGUGCUGUCCACCGUGGAGCUGGACUGGAACCACAGCUUCCUGGAGUCCUCGGCCAAAGAGAACAUCAACGUGCUGGAGGCAUUCAGGGAGCUGCUGCAGCAGGCCAACCUGCCCAGCCGACUCAGCCCGGCGCUCUGCCGGAGGCGAGAGACCUUCCCCAAAGAGAGCAACAAGAGACCUCCCAUGAACAAAACCAACAGCUGCCUCAUCUCAUAGUGAGGCAGGAAAUACACUGAGAGGGAAAUGCAGAAAAGAGACUGAGAAGUGCCUGCCGACGGGGACGGGACUGACAAAAAGAGACUGUGAAAUGUGUUAAAUGAAUGCAUCGGUCAACAGAUAUAUUUCCUCGUUGCAGCUGGAGACAGAUAUGUUUCAAAACACAUGGAAAUGUUAUAGUUAUUCUGAAUGUGGCGCAACUUACUGCUUCUUACAAACGCUUAACAUAAGAGCUCACAUUGUUUUGCACUUCCAUUGUACUGUAGUUGUACAUUGUAAUUACUGUGUGCAUUUACUGCGGGGGGGAAAAGGUCAACUUAAACGCAAAACAGCACUGCUUUUCUGCAUUUGAGUGUUUCAUGAAUCAUGUGGACAACUUAGGAGAAACUUAACAAAGAAACUUGAUAUUCUGGGUCAUCAAGCAAGUGUGUUUUCAGUGUGAAUCUGAAGUGCUGGAUUAACAGACUUCAUCUGGCAGGGUGUUUCCAUCGCUGUUAAAUAUGCAGAUUUUCAUCAGACCGUAUUUUUGAGUAUCUAUAUGGUAUUUUCUUGCAACUGUAAAGUUACAAAACUCAACGUGAUGUUCUUCACCACAACACAAAAGAUGAAUAAAGCAUUUUUUUCUAUGUUAUGAA